UCUUGUCUAACUGAAUAUACUCCUGGAUAGGCAGGAAGCUGGACAAAGCUUCGUAGUGUUACUUUAAUUCAAAAGGCUAGUUGGAAGAGUUGGAAGAGUUUGAAGAGCAUGUACAGAUCUCUGUCAAGGGCUCAUAUUCGAUCGGUUGCAGAUGCAUUUUCGCGUUCCAAAGCCCAUGAAAAGGGGCAGAAAAAUGUGGCCGAGAGAAUGGAAUCAUCUUGGACCGUUUUGAAUUCAGAAGGUCAAAGUUAUUUCAGGCUCAAAGGAGAGUCGAUUAUUAGGUCUGCGCAAGCACAGAUUGUUAAUGCACUACGCUGUGGUGAGAGAGAUAGAGCCUCCAAUUUGCUUUCUAAUGUUAGUAAAGGGAGCAAUUCAUUAAGAUCUGAUGAUUUUCUUUAUAUUCUUGACUACUGUGCCAGGUCUCCUGAUCCACUGUUUGUUAUGGAGACCUGGAGACUUAUGGAAGAAAAAGAGAUAGUCAUAAGCAGGAGAUGCUACUUUCUUAUCAUUCGUGCCCUCGGUAAAGGGGGUUAUAUUGAGGAGGCAUUUAAUUGGCUGAGUUUUCUAGGAGGAAAGCAUCAGACAUAUCCUAUUCUGCCCAUGUACAAUUCUUUAUUGAAUGGAUGUGCUCAGAUGCAAAGCAUGACGCAUGCCAAUCGCUGCUUGGAUUUAAUGGAAGAACGUAUGAUGGGGAAGUCAGAAGUGACUUAUUAUGAGCUUCUUAAGCUUGCUGUUUCCCAGAGAAACCUAUCUGCAGUCCAUGAAAUAUGGAAGGAAUGGGCGAAAUAUUAUAGUCCGAGUAUUAUCUCCCUAAGAAAAUUUACAUGGUCAUUUACAAAGUUGAAUGAUCUGGUAUCUGCAUUUGAAACCCUGCAACAAAUGGUGGCUUUGGUUUUCAAAGGAACUGCAUCAAUUAAGCAAUCUGCGGAAGGCCAAUUUCGUUUUUCGAGACUAGACAUCCCUGUACCUUCAAAAAUUGAGUUGGGGAUUAGGAGAUGUAACAUGGACGAAAGUGGACAUUAUCUGUCUUGUUCAUUAUCUGGAGACUGUUCGGAAAGAAUAGAAGAACCUGAUGGAAAAAAUGAUUAUAUCGAUGUAUCCUGUAUCAAAACUGAAGCCCUUUUCAGUGUUGAUAAGAAUCUCUACAGGCCUGUAGAGGCAGAUAACGAUUCUAGAUGCUUACAGCUAUUCCCAGCAGCUAAUCAGGGGAGCUACACUGAUUUUGGGAUUGAGAACUCAGAACCUUGCAGUGGUGGUUUUAUUACACUAAAAGGAGAUGCUGAAAUCAAACCACUUAUGAAGGUCUUGAGGUGGUCUUUCAAUGAUGUAAUACAUGCAUGUGCACAAUCUAAAAAUGCUGAACUGGCUGAGCAGGUGUUUAUUCAGAUGCACAAUCUUGGCUUGAUACCAUCACGACAUACAUAUCAUAACUUCAUCAAAGUUGUCAUUUCUGAGAGAGGAAUUACUGAUGGCAUGAAAGUGUUGAAAGCAAUGACAAAGAGGAAUUUGAAGCCAUAUAAUGCUACUCUUGCCACUCUUUCAAUAGGUUGCAGCAAAAAUCUGGAACUAGACUUAGCCGAGUCUCUGCUAGAUCAAAUUGUUGAGUCUCAAUACCUGCAGCCCUUCAAUGCCUUGCUUGCAGCAUGUGAUGUUAUGGAUCAGCCUGAACGUGCUGUCUGGGUAUUGGCUAAAAUGAAGCAAUUGAAACUCCAGCCAGACAUCAGGACAUAUGAGCUGCUGUUUUCCUUGUUUGGUAAUGUGAAUGCUCCUUAUGAGAAAGGGAAUAUGUUGUCAAAGGUAGAUGCUGCUAAAAGGAUCAAAGCUAUUGAAUUGGAUAUGAUGAAAAAUGGAGUUCAGCACAGUCAUUUGUCGAUGCAGAACUUGCUGAAAGCUCUUGGAGCUGAGGGGAUGAUAAGAGAGCUGAUCCAGUAUUUACGUGUAGCAGAAAACCAGUUCUGUCUCACAAACACUUAUGCAGGAACAGCUAUCUACAAUACAGUGCUGCAUUCACUUGUUGAGGCUAAUGAAAGUCACAUGGCAGUAGAAGUUUUUAAAAAUAUGAAAUAUUGUGGUUUGCCACCUGAUGCUGCGACAUACAAUAUCAUGAUUGAUUGCUGCAGCAUUAUAAGAUGUUUCAAGUCUGCUUCUGCAUUGGUUUCUAUGAUGCUACGUGCUGGUUUUUGUCCUCAGACGUGCACUUAUACUGCUCUCAUAAAGAUUCUGUUAGUAGACGGAGAGUUUGAUGAAGCAUUGAAUCUUCUCGAUCAAGCUUCCUUGGACGGGAUUCCGUCUGAUGUAUUGUCAUUUAACACCUUUCUUCAUGAAGCACAGUUGAAGGGAAGAGUUGACAUAAUCGAGCAUAUUGUAGAAAGAAUGCACCAGGAGAAAAUUCAGCCAGAUCCAUCAACUUGCUGUUAUGUGUUCUCUGCAUAUGUUAACCGUGGAUUUCUGAGCACGGCCAUGGAGGCACUGCAGGUUUUAAGUAUGAGAAUGAUUUCUGAAGACGAAAACAUUCUCCAGGAGAAGAGAGCAUACUUUGAAGAAGAUUUGAUCCUUGCAGAAGGCUUAGAUGCUGAAUCUAGUAUACUUGAAUUGUUCAAGGAUGAUGAGAAUCUUGCUGCUGCCCUAUUGAAUAUUCGAUGGUGUGCACUUGUAGGGUUUCCAGUUUCUUGGUUACCCAAUGAAAGCGUAUGGGCCAAAAGACUUUCUAGAUAUCGAUUGAGGAGAGCUUGCUGAGUGGUUUAUGUGAAGGAAUCUUCUGAAAUCCUUCCAAAAAAGGGGUUCCCCACAAAUUAUAAUUUUUAAUCUGUGGGUCAAGAACGUAGAAGAGAAAUAGAUUAUGUGGCGGUUUUUUUACAGGAAAUAAUAGAUAUUGUUUGAGGGCUGAAUCUUAGGUACGGACGGAGUCAGGCGGUGGAACACAUGAACCAGCCUCCUCCAUAAAGUGAAGAAUCUCUAUUCAAGUGAGGAGUCAUCCAGGACCUGCAUUUUGCAUCAUGUUGGCAAGUAGGAGCUGUACAACAUUAUGCUCCUGUUGGACUUCAGUUGUACAUUACAGAAAACAUGAUUCUUCC